AUGGCCGACUUCAUAACCAACCUUUGGGAGGCCGUCUUCACCCCUGGCCCCACUCCUACUCUCCUGCUUGCCACCAACAUCACCUUCGGCGCUCUCCAGCUCACCCUUGCCGGCCUGCUCGCCGCUACCUACAGCAUCCACUUCUUCAUUCUCAGCAUUCUGAGUGCCGGUCUCUGGUGGGGCAUCAACUGGUUUGCCUACGAGUUGCAGCAAGCUCAGCAGAAAGAGGCCGAGGCUGAGCGCAUCAGGAAGUCCAGAUCUUCCGGCAGCACGCCUAAGAAGUCUAGUUCACAAGCUGGAGACAUGGCCGAUGACGAAGCUACUGAAACCGAGGUUGAGACUGCUCCCGGAGUCAAGGUCAAGGUUUCCAAUGCCGAACUCGACUUCAAGCCCACCCAGGAAGAUGAACAGAUCAGAUCCAAGAUUCUCAACGACUUCAAGAGCGGUACUUCAGCUGGUACGACUGGCUUGCAGGCCGCAGAAGGCGAGAGCAGACAGCGCAACGUUCCCAGCGAUCUGGGUGCUUCUUCGGCCGAUUUUGCCACCGACAGCGAGUGGAUCAAGGUUGAUGAGGAAUGA